UUAUCAACAUGAAAUCGAGUCCAGUCAGGUUGUAACCGAUAGACUAAUUCUAACUAGUAAUUUUUUUUCUUUACUAUCUCUUUAUGUAUAUAUAGACUUAUUCAAAGUCCAGCUCAAAUAUAAGACCUUGACGCUAUGACACAAAUCACACAGAAACGGCCAAUUGCUCUCUAGGCAUAUAAACAUAUGCAUAACCUAUAAUAAAUACUCUCUACUACCCAAUUAUAAUAUAUUAUUAUUAGUAGUAGUAAACUCACCAAAAUCUAACAAUUGCAUUACCACUUUUAUUGCAAAUAGCUCCAAUGGCUAGCCAACCUCAUUUUCUCCUAAUACCUCUGAUGGCACAAGGUCAUAUGAUACCUGUAAUAGAUAUGGCCAGACUUAUUGCAGAGCGUGGAGUUAUUGUUACCCUAAUAACGACUCCUUUCAAUGCUUCAAGAUUUGAAAGAGUCAUUUAUAGAGCAAAUAAAGAAUCAAACCUUUCCAUCAAUCUUGUACAAAUCCCAUUUCCUUGUCAAGAAGUUGGUCUCCCUGUAGGCUAUGAAAAUCUUGACACUCUUCCCUCAAGAAACUUAAUCAAGAAAUUCUAUACUGCACUUGCUAAACUUCAAGAACCAUUAGAAAACAUUCUUCAAAACACGAAACCUCCUAUAAAUUGCAUUAUUUCAGAUAAAUAUCUUUCUUGGACAUCAAGAACUGCUCAAAGAUUCAACGUUCCCCGAUUAGUUUUUCAUGGAAUGGGUUCCUUUUCUCUUCUGAGCUCUCAUAAUAUAAGAUUGCACAAUGCACAUCUUUCGGUCUCUUCAGAUACCGAACCUUUUGAGGUACCUGGAAUGCCAGAAAAGUUCACUAUCACAAGAUGUCAACUUCCGGGAUCCUUCGUUAGCUUACCGGAUUUGGAUGACCUCCGAAGCAAGAUGCAAGAAGCUGAAUCAACGGAUUAUGGUGUUGUGGUAAAUAGUUUUGACGAGCUUGAAAAUGGGUGCCGGGAUUUAUACCAACAAGCGAUAAAGAAGAAGGUAUGGUGCAUUGGACCGGUUUCAUUAUGUAAUAAGAAAAGGUUAGAUAAGUUGGAAAGAGGAAAUAAAGCUUCAAUCGAUGAGAAACAAUGCUUAGAAUUUCUCGACUCAAAGAAACCAAGGUCAGUCAUUUAUGCUUGUCUUGGUAGUUUGUGUAGACUAGAACCAUCACAAUUGAUAGAAUUAGGGUUAGGGUUAGAAGCAUCUAACCAACCUUUCAUUUGGGUAGCAAAAACAGGAGAGAAAUCUUUUGAAUUAGAAGAAUGGUUCAAGAAAGAAAAUUUUGAAGAAAGAAUUAAAGGAAGAGGAUUGUUGAUAAAGGGUUGGUCUCCACAAGUUCUUAUACUGUCACAUCCUUCAAUUGGAGGGUUUUUAACUCAUUGUGGUUGGAAUUCAACAAUAGAAGGUAUUUGCUCUGGUGUGCCAUUAAUUACUUGGCCUUUAUUUGCUGAGCAAUUUCUUAAUGAGAAACUGAUUGUGGAGAUUUUAAAGAUUGGAGUUAGAGUUGGAGUUGAGGUUCCUGUGAGAUGGGGAGAGGAAGAGAAAGCUGGAGUUUUAGUGAAGAAAGAAAAAGUGGAAAUGGCUGUGAGUAGCUUAAUGGAUGGUGGAGAAGAAGGGGAAAAGAGAAGGAAGAGAGCAUGUGAACUUGGAGAAAUGGCAAAUAAUGCUAUGGAAUUUGGUGGAUCUUCUCACUUUAACUUGUCACUCUUAAUAAAAGAUGUCAUGAACCAACAAGGUCAAGAUAAAAGUAAUGUAUGAAUUUGGAGGAAAAAAGUUUAUAAGUUCACAAUACUCGCACAUGCACACAAAUGCAAAUUAAUAAACAUAUAUAAUAUCAAUGUUCAAAAGAAAUUGAAGGUAGUUGCACUUGAUGUA